AUGUUGCCGACGCACUCAAGCUGGAGUCCUUCAGGUCUCUCGUCGUCUGGGGGAGUGUUAGAGGAGACGUCUCGUGACCUUCAUUGUAUACACCCACAAAUCCUUCCCUUUAUAUACGAAACCUUAUUUCUGUCUCACCUCAGUCGUUCCUCACUUUACGGUGACUGA